AUGAUCGAAAUUUCAUUGCAUUCGGUUUGUUGAAUCCGGAGAUUUAACAGCUCAAAUUUGGCUAUCGGAUAAUUAUACCUUUUUCUAUAAUCUUUCUAAUUUCGUGUAGAAUAGCUCGAUCUUUUCCAAAUUUGGACCACUGAUACACAACUAGUUGAUGAUCUUACAGCAAAAAUUUGAGAAUAUUUGGCGCCCUUUUCGAAAAGUUACAGCUAGUUGAACAUUUUUUGAAAAGUGAAAAUUUUACCAGUCCCAGUUAUUUUGAGUACCCCCUGUACAACAAUUUGUUACAUCCUAUAAGCACAGACAAAAAAGACAUAUUACUUAGAAGAAAUUUAUUUAAAAAUAUUGUUAGGCAGCACACUAGCACCCUCUAUAAUGCUCAAUCCGAAGCAUUCGUUUGGGAGUCGUAUCCCUCGGCUCGAUGGUGACGAAUCCCCCGUGACGUCAUCUAUUCAUGCAGCAUUAAUGAAAGUUCAUGAUUGAGUCAUUUUAUGUAAUCAUUACUUGGCGUCAGCCCCGGCACUUGCAAUUUUUCGUCAGUUGCUCUUCCCCCGAGAGCGGCUGACACCUGACCCUCUUCUGAGCAUAUGCUCUGAUUAACACGGAAACUUGGAUAUCGGCUAAGGGAACAAGAACCACACAGCACACAUCAACAUCCUCGUGCUCAUCAUUCUGAAAUCGUGCGAUGGUUGCGAUUGCGAGUCUGUUUGUCUGUGCUAUAAGUGUUGUUAUUGAAGACUUACUACUACUAAACGCCUACUUAUCCAGUAAUUGAUGGUAACACCGACAGAAUUUUCUUCGCAAAUUUCAUGGCAGUAAUGUUUUAGGAAUUCAUACUAAGGCUUUCAAAUAGAUCUAACAAUGAGUUCUGCCAAUUCUAUCCAAAACGAUGUUAUUUUAUCUCUGAAGAAAAUAUGUUGCUAGUAAAUUAUUAAGAUUUUGAUUUUGUUAUUCUGUAUACUAUUUAUUUUAAGGACGAAUUUCGCCCCAAAUCGUAUUCGGAGUUGGCAGCACCCUCUCAGAUUACAAUGAAACUUAAUGGGUAUGUACACCAAGACUAGAUAAGCCACUUUGCAUACUUAGUUUCUUCAAAAUUUAUCUGGACUGACUUUUGAAAAGGGCUAAACUUUUUUUAUGGAUUUUUUAAAAAUGUUUUUAAUCAAAAAAUGACUACUCCUACAAAAAAGUGUUGUAUGGGGGAUUAUCACAAAAUAAGUCAAAUUUUAAGAAAAAAAACUGAAAAAAAUCCAAAAUGAGCCCUACACUGAAAAAACUCAUUUCUAAAAAUUCAAAGUUGAUUUAAAAAAAAACACCAUUUUUGAUUUUGAUGAAAUUUUGUCUCAAGACAGGUAAUUAUGUUCCCUACCAACCGUCCAUACAUCACAAGAUAGGCACUUUUAAGGAAAAAAAGUUUUUCUAACAAAAACUUUUUCAUGUCCAAAUUAUUUUUUUUUCAGUGUCUUUUUUUAAAAACAAACUAAACCAGUGAAGGUUAUCUAGUAAUCACAAAAUGCAAUGAAACUUAUUGUGUCAUAUGCGACAAUGCAAUGCACCCAUAUUCACGCAGCAGUACUCUAGAAGUACGAAACAAUAUACAAUUAGAACACGCAUUUCAUACGUGCUGCUGUAAUUUCUACCCAAACGUUUCUACCCCAUGUUCUUACCUAAUAUUAGGUAAGGCUAUUUAUUAGAUUCGAACUACCUAAUCGAAAAAAAAAUCAAGAGUUGUACCUUAAGCAAAUAUGAACAAAACAAGAAAAUGAAUCGGUAUCAUUCAACGUGUUACUUCUUUUUGGUUAUUAAAGGCAGUUCUGAAAAGUAUAAAUCAAAAUUCAACAAAUUCAAGUGCAGUGCAAAAAUAAACAAUCCAAAGUGCAACCGUCAUAAUCUACGGGGCAUGUCAUUAAGAUUGAUAGAUAAAAUUCAUUCCAUGGGAUAUACACAUGAAAUCGACGAAUCGAUGAGUAUUUGUGAGUCAUGUCGUGGAUUGAUAAGUCACAACAGAAGCCCGAAUACGAAAAAACGCCGAUCGGAUGGAAACGACGAAACUAUGCAACCAUCAUUUAGUGGGCAGCAACAUCAUGAUGUUCCAGAACCAGAACCGUCAACGAGUGGUCAACAAAUCGAACAUGAGCUGGAUAUGGUACCAUCUAUUCCAUCAUUGGAGUCAAUUCCGUCAACAGAUCAACUACAGGGUCCCCAUAAUAUUGAGAAGUUUAAUACCAUUGCUGAAACAUUGAGUUUAUCGCCAAUCUCAUCUAGAAACAUGAGAAGUAUGGAAUAUCGCAUAAACAAAUCAUUGCAGAUUACGAAGGCAGUUCGAAAAAAUAUCUUCGGAAUAGAUUCAACGGAUGUUGGCAAAGUGGAGGCGUAUGACGAGAUAAUUAUGCAGUUAAAGGAUAAGUUCAAUCACCCUACAACUGACAGAAGCGAACAGAUUAAAAUACUAUCUGUACUUCCUAAGUCUUGGUCGGUAAAUAAAAUCACAAGAGAGUUUAACGCACCAAUGUGUAUAUGGCGAGGCAGGUGAAGGAUCUUGUUUAUGAACAGGGUAUUCUUUGUACCACCGAAAAAAGAAGGGGGCAUGGUAUUGAUGACGAUACAAAACAAAUAGUAAGAGAAUUUUUUGAUGAUAAUGAUAUCAGCAGGCCAAUGCCAGGAACAAAUGAUUUUGUUUCUGAGGUUCGAAAUGAAAAAAAAACAACAAGUUCAAAAACGACUUUUGAUGAUGUCGCUCAAAGAGGCUUAUAUGAUUUUUGUAGAUAUGUACAAAACUGUGAAUAUUGGUUUCACAGUAUUUACACAGUUGCGGCCAAAGCAUUGUAUUUUACUUGAUUCUACUGGUAUACAUAAUGUAUGCAUAUGUACUAUUCAUGAAAAUGUAAAUUUAAUGUUCAACAGUAUAAGAAUUGUGUCACAAGAUGAAAUAAUACAAAAAAUGCUUUGCGAUAUUUCCACCAGAACAGAUAAUUGCUUUUUCCGUGCUUGUGAAAAGUGUGCUUGUAAUGAACACAUUGAAGAGGAACUUACAUUGAUAUUAGAAUCAAAUGACAAAGAAGAGAUUAUAUUUCAGCAGUGGUUGAAUACUGAUCGCUGUAAUUUAGAAACGAUUAUUAAACCUGUUGAUGAAUUUGUUCCGUAUCUUGUUGAUAAAAUUGACAAACUUAUAACACACGACUUUAUUCAUAAACAACAAUCAUCAUUUCUCAGAAAUAAAAAAGAUACAUUAAAGGAUGAUGAAAUUCUUGCGAUUUGUGAUUUCUCUGAAAACUAUUCAUUCAUAAUUCAAAACGCUGCUCAAGGAUAUCAUUGGAACAACUCGCAAGCAACAAUACACCCAUUUGAAAUUUACUAUAUGAAAGAUAAUAAACUUGUAAAUGUUAGCUUCAUUAUCAUAUCGGAAGUAAUGGCUCACGAUACAGUUGCGGUCCAGUUGUUCAUCUCAAAAAUGAUAGAUUUUAUGAAACAAUUAACGAACUUUUCUAAAAUUUAUUUUAUGUCUGAUGGGGCAGCAUCACAAUACAAAAAUAAGAAGAACUUUGCUAGUCUAUGUAGAUUCCAGUCAAAGCAUGCAUUAAGAGCAGAAUGGCAUUUUUUUUGCAACGUCCCAAGGUAAAGGUCCAUGUGAUGCUAUUGGUGGCACUCUCAAGCGAAUGGCAAAGAGAGCAAGUCUUGCUCGAGAUUAUGGAAAUACCAUAACAACUCCACGAGAGUUAUAUAACUGGGCAGUUGUACAGACAGAUAAAAAUAUAACUAAAUUAAAUUUCUGUUACGUAUCCACUGAACAGUACAUUAAAAUGUCAGAAGAUCUCGAAGAAAUAUAUAAUAACGCCAAAACAAUACCAGGCACUCAGAAAUUCCAUAGUUUUUUGCCUAUUCCUGGCGACAAAGUAAAGGCAAACAGGUAUUCUAAUUCAGAAGAUGAACCAAAAAUAUUUAGUAUGAUCGGAAAAAAAUAGAAAAGAACAUGUUUGAAAUUGGCUCUAAGACACAUAUAUAUAUAUAUUUGAAAAAUUCAUAAUUAUAAAUAAUUGUAUAUUUAAAAGUGCACUUCAAUACAUAUUGCGAUCAAACAUUACAUUUCCUAAGAAAAUACAUUUGUAAUAUUUUCAGAUUUUUAUGUAUAGGAAAACCCUUCCAAAUGAUUGAAUAAAUAACACAAAAUCUCCUAGAAAAUUGAGUUUCAUUGGAUUCUGGGAUUGUUAUGGCCUUCACUGGUUUUAUUGUUGAUAACAAAAUACACUGAAAAAAAAAAUCAUUCGAACAAGAAAAAGUUUUUGUUAGAAAAACUUUUUUUCCUUAAAAGUGCCUAUCUUGUGAUGUAUGGACGGUUGGUAGGGAACAUAAUUACCUGUCUUGAGACAAAAUUUCAUCAAAAUCAAAAAUGGUGUUUUUUUUUAAAUCAACUUUGAAUUUUUAGAAAUGAUUUUUUUCAGUGUAGGGCUCAUUUUGGAUUUUUUUCAGUAUUUUUUUCUUAAAAUUUGACUUAUUUUGUGAUAAUCCCCCAUACAACACUUUUUUGUAGGAGUAGUCAUUUUUUGAUUAAAAACAUUUUUAAAAAAUCCAUAAAAAAAGUUUAGCCCUUGUCAAAAGUCAGUCGAGAAAAAAAAUUAGAAAAAUGAGUAUGCAAAGUGGCUUAUCUGGGCAAGGUCUACACACCAAGAAAGUUUCGUUGUAAUCUGAGAGGGUGCUGCCAACAUUUGUUCGAGUUGGCGCGAAAGCCGUCAUAUUCCCAAUAUUCUAUGACAAAUUUACUGAAAAAAUCAUUAAAAAUAUAUAGUAGCGUUUUUUAAUUUGUUUAUAAAACGUGUAGACUUCCCAAGUACCAUUUUAAGUUUUGUUCGGCUCUAUAAGAGAUCUCAAUGACCAAUUUAUAAAACUUGCAAUAAAACUGAUUUAUACAACAAAACCUGUUGAUAACCUCUUUAAGAUCAUCUUCCGGCUAAGUGGACUACUCUCGAGAGGUUUUGCAAAUCACAUUAAGAGUACAUACCAAUAAAACUGUUUUAAAUUCUCGAAAAGAGGUUAUGAUGAUUGUUGUUGUAUUUUUUUUAAUAAAAACUAUGACAGCUCAAGAUGCAGAGAAGCUUCUAUGAUGGCACGUAAAGUUCAGGAAGAUACAUCAUUCGUAAGUAGAAAGCGAUCAUUUCAAAGUACUAUUUCAGUUGUUAUUGUGUUGGUAGGCUUAUGCGCAUUCAAUUGCACUGUGAAUGUUGGGGUUUCAGAAACAUAAAGUCAAUGCGCUUCGUAAAUGAUGAAUAUUAUCAUCAUGGAAUGAAAUAAAUCAAUUUGUUAAUUUAGUAAAACUAUCUCGAAUCACAAUAAAACUCAGCUGAGGAAGUUUAUUUAUGUGAGCAUGUUAUGGAAAUGGCGGAAAACUAUCAAUUCAUUGCUUAUUUAAGCAAAAUCAACUAUUUUCCAUUCACGCCAGCUAAUUCUCCAAUAUGGCGACGACCAUAAUUUGCGAAAAUAAAACGAAAGCAAAUUUACUUUUAUGAUAGCUGCAACCUAACAGUGGCAAAGUUUCUGUUUUUCCACCAACAGAUGCCGUUACUAAUCGAACGUAUUGCCAUCUGUUGAGAGUUUGAACAGUUUUAUUGUGGUGAUAAUGAAGCCAGAAGGUUUACAUAUCGGAGAGUUUUGUUUAAUUUUAAAAUCUGGCCUUAUGGAUAUUUUCAAGAAUACUAUAAAACAUUUCAUCAAUAGUUUUCAUAAAAGUAGUCAUAAAACUGUGAACUUA